AUGGCUCAGCACGGACGAAGGGUCCUAUGUAGUCUUGCUCUGUUUCUCUUCUCAGUCCUGUGUGCUGUCCUGGAAGUAAGAAGCAGGGAGACGGUGAAGCUCUGCGGCCUGGGCUAUGUGAGAACCGUGAGGGACAUCUGUGCACAGCUGGAGGGGUCUCUCCACGCUCAGCAAGCUGAGACAAGAAACCACCUCCAGCUCCCAGACCAACAGGAGGCGUCCAAGGAAACUCUGGAGUACAACUUUCCCAAGAAGAUUACGUCAGGACAGGAGCUUGUUCAGGAUCCACAGGCCCCCAUGGAAGGGCUCUGGCAGUCCAGGAAGCACUGGGUGAUAUCCAGACGGUAUCUGAAAGCUCUGUGCUGCGCUGAGGGCUGCUCCAUGGCUGAGCUCAGGACCCUCUGUUAG